AGGGACUCGGCCAAAAGAGGCGGGGAGCAGUUUGUUAUUGGAAAAGCUGAGAAGAGAGCAAGGCAGCGGGGAGGGGAGAGAGGGAGAGAGGUGGCUGCCUGACUUUGACUUGGUCAGUGAAGGCCUCAUGCAGCUUCUUACCAGCAACUUUUCAUCUGCCUGACGCCUCAACUUUUAACAGAGCUCACCGGGAGCCCAGAACAGAGGGCAAGGAAGGAGAGGGACAAAGAGGAAACAGGAAGGAAAAGAGAGACAGAGGAGAAACCAUGAUGACCCAAGAACAGUGCACUCAUAGGAACAAUGUCCAGAGUUCAGAGAAACCACAAGUGUACAAAGUGGGAAUAUACGGCUGGAGGAAACGCUGCCUUUACUUCUUCGUCCUGCUGCUGAUGAUCCUGAUCCUGAUCAACUUGGCACUAACUAUCUGGAUCCUCAAGGUCAUGAACUUCACCAUAGACGGCAUGGGCAACCUCAGAAUAACAGAGAAGGGCCUGAAACUGGAAGGGGACUCUGAGUUCCUCAAACCCCUCUAUGCCAAAGAAAUCCAGUCCAAACCAGGCCGCCCGCUGUUCCUGCAGUCCUCCAGAAACGUGUCGGUCAACAUCGUCAACAGCAACAACCAGCUGCUCACACAGCUUGUAACAGGAUCCAGUGGAUUUAAAGCACGAGGCAAGAUGUUUGAAGUCAAAUCCACCUCCGGGAAGCUGCUCUUCUCCGCCGACGAGCAGGAGGUGGUGGUGGGCGCCGAGAGGCUCCGAGUGAUGGGGGCCGAAGGGGCCGUGUUCAGCAAAUCGGUGGAGACGCCACACGUCAGGGCCGAGCCGUUCAAAGAGCUGAGGCUGGAGUCUCCCACCCGCUCCCUGCUGAUGGAGGCUCCUAAAGGCAUCCAGAUCCUGGCUGAGGCUGGAGACAUCCAGGCCAUCUGCAGGAACGAGCUGCGCCUGGAGUCCAAAGACGGAGAGAUCUCUCUGGAUGCCCGAAGGAUUCGCCUGAUGCGGCUGCCGGAGGGGAAGGCCUCCGCCAGCUCCUCGUCCUCUGGGACUAGGCAGACUGUCUACGAGGUUUGCGUUUGCCCCAACGGGAGGCUUUUCCUGUCCCAGGCCGGCACCGGAUCCACCUGCCAGAUCAGCCAAAAUAUCUGCCUCUAGGACUGACACAUACAAAUAUAAAUAAAUACACAGAUACCCUGAAAGAAAGACGGGCAGAAACAGACAGAUGUACACAUAUUGCCUGCCUCUAGAGCUGAUUCACAGCAAACACUACAUACAAAGACUGCCAGAGCUGAUGGAAAUAUAAACAAUCAUAGAUACUGUACUUAUACAGACACACUGAUGUAUACACUUUACAAUCACACACACUCAGACUGACAUGUAGGCUCAACCGAUAUGUUUCAACAGGCCAAUACCCAAAAUUUUGGAUUGGAGCUGGUGACAGCUGAUAUUUUUGCCGAUAUUUCAACGCUGAAGAAAUAUUUUCUCCCUUAAUUUUAUAUGUCUCAAGUGUAAAAGCCUUUUAAAACAGCAUCCAGAGCAUCGUGGGACACUAAAACUCUCUCUAAGAUCUUUGUACUUACAGUACAGCUGGAGUUACAAGGCUUUUAAACUAAAUUACAGGAAUAAAAGAAAAAAGAAAAAUGUGUUGCAUUGCAGGUUUUAACAACUUUUUAAUACAGCUGAGGUCAGAAAGGAACCUUCAUCUCCAUCGUUUUGAGAAUACAGGACACUGACUGGCUGAUAUACUAAUAUAUCGGUAAUAUAUCGGUCUGACCCUAACAGUCGUACAUGCUAUUUAUUAAUAGCGUACACACAGAGAUGCGCACACUAGCUUACAGACAUGCAUACAUAUUUGAACAUGGUGUACACACACACACACACACACACACACACACACACACACAUUCUGGUAGAAACUGAAAGGAAAAUCUCCAGAGAUUUACUAGAAGAGACACUGAUCUGUUCCCUUUCUCCCUCAAGAGCAUUUCAGUACCAGAAUCACUAGGGUGAUCACCCAUGACAACAGCCUCUCCCCUGCAAUUCUUCUUCUCCUUUUUCCUCAUCUUCUCUUUUUCCUUCUGCGAUUGUUCCCCCAGCGGAGAUGAUGAAGGCAUUUCUGCUUUUCCUGUUAAUUUUAAAGCCACAUAGGCACGCUAACAAGCACUUCAUCUCAAUUGUGCACAUGAAUUGUGUCAGGGUGUAAGAGGGUUUAAUAAACAUGAGGACUUGGCAUGGAUGCAUUAUAGAAGCUGGAUACCAGAGUCCAGAAUAGCACCCACUCACCUGAAUGAAUUAAAAUUGCUCAAGCCAAAAAUGUUUCCGAGCUCACCGGUCAGCUCGGCUCUUUGGGACGAUGUCACUCCCAGUUAAAAUGUCUUUCGACGUUUUGCAAAUAUAAAACCUUCAUGGAUUGAAAUUUAUAACACAGAGUGAUAACUGCAAUUUGAGGUGUCCUGUUAAAAAGUUUCACAGACCUCUUUUAUAAUGGUGGCAGAUGGGGAAAAUGCUGUUUUGGGCAUCUGGGGAGUUUUUAGUUGCAGUACCGUAAGUGGCCACUGGGACAAAUCGUCCGGAUCCAGCUCUCAAAUACAUCCAUGGGAUUGGAACAUUUUCUUAUGCAGACAUAUCAUAAACAGCCAUUUCAGUCAGAACACAGAUGUGUUUGUGCUAUAUACAGUGUGUGUAUAUGCAUUAAGUGCUGUUAGUGUGCCUAUGCGACAAUACAUUAACCACAUUCUGGUUUUGGGGGGGGAUUUUCAUUCAAAAGGCAGACAGACAGAAAGACCUUCUUUGCUGAGGCCCUCCCUAAAUUGAAAUUGCAGUAAAGUUGCAAACUAGUCCACAAAAUAUUCAGCCCAUGUGAUCUUUACUACAAUCUGUCCAGAGUGUAUCAUGACAAACUAUGAUCCAUGCCAUGCUCCCAUCUUAACCCAGGAAAAAUCAUUUCAGUUAGCUUUCCAGUGCUAGCAGCUAGCAGCUCAUUUUGAUUUAAAGUGGAGAGACGUCGCCUCUAACACUUCCUGUGAUGUGAUGUGAAAAGUGCUGCAACACAAACCUCAACCUCUCAACCACUGGUCUGUUUGAUGGUUUUUCUAUCUUUAAUGAGAUUUUUUUUUUUAAUGUAAUCCUUAGAUUUUUAACUGAAUGGAAAGCUGUUUUUAAUUUCACAUACUGACUGUCAGUGUUUGCCUGCAAAAAUCCCGUCCAUGUCUCUUCCUGCCAAAACAGCAUCCCCCUCCUACCACCCUGACGAUGAAGGAAGUUGUGAACACUGUUAUAACCGAACAGAACAUAAAUUUAAGCUGCUCGAACCUCGGCGGUGGUCACCCUACUCGUUUCUUGCACUGGGACAUUUUUAAACAAAAGGACAUGAAAACAAACUAACGCGAGCCACUCUGUUGAAAGAGGGGAACUGUGCCUGUGCCUUAUGUCGAUGCACUUGUGGCAAGAAGAAGCACAUCACACAGACUUUCUUUGGCAUCAACAAGUAACAUGAUCUCUGAUUUCAGUUCAGUUUCGUCCCAUCUCUCCUUCUGUGUGAAUGCAAAGACCUUCAGCCACAUCUGACCGUAGCGCCCCCUGCUGUCCACACCUGACUCCGCAAAAGGAUGAGGCGUUUUUCCUUUUCCCCAGUGUGGGACGAUGCUUUUGCUUCUUUGCUUUUGAUGAUCAUUUAUUCUGUGUGAAAACAUGUAUGUGUGCUCCUGUUGAUGUGAUCCUGUCGAGUUUAACAGGCAGAUUACGCCACUAAUGGGUCUGAUUUCCACUUCUUAUCACAAACCUGCAUGUUACCACACAAGAUCAUUAUGUCUUUCCACACCUGUGUCUUUUGUCACCUGGACAGGAUCAAAUCUUGUGACCUAAGAUGUUCAAAGCAUGUUGAUUUGUACCCUGUGAACUACAUUAGCUGUAUUAGCUGAAGACCAGUUUGGCUAGACCACUUCUUUCUUUUCUUAUAUUUUUUGAUAUCAAUCAUUAAUAUCAAUGCAACCACACUGUAGCUGCCAUGCGCAGAUAUUACAGAAAGCGGAACUACUUUAAAAAAUCAUUGGAAAAAGACGCAAAAACGUGAUUGUCAUUAACUGUUUUGCAGGAUCGUCUAGCUGCAAUGUUCUUAUCUGGCGAUACAGUUGAAUUUGUAAAAGCACCAGAUUUUGACCUUUUAAGGUGCAAUAACUUGAAAAGACGUAAGACCUUGUGUGGUAGCAUCAGCAAGAAACCAGACCCGCUUGCCAAGUGGCCUGUGAUGACUCCUGAACGUGCUCAUAGUUGCGUAUUUAUCUCUUACGUUGUUUAAAGCGUCGCAUCCUUUUCAAGAGUCAGGUGUACCAACCCUCUCACUGUCUCUCAGCUUCUCUGUCUAUAUUAGAGGACUUUCGGAAAUAUUUCACAACAAAAUGGAACCUAUCUGAUGUAUUUGUUUUUUGAAUACGUGUACAAGAGGGAAAUACAAAUUUUUAUACGGUUGUAUAUGUAAAUAAUGUAUACCUAACCGCGUCGGUGAGCAUCAGAUGAUACACGUCGACGGAAGAGGAACACUGCUCUUUUGCAAAAAGGAAAUCCUUUUUAUAAUGUACAUCAGUAUGUGUUUUUAUACUAAAAUGGCAAAAAAAAAAAAAAAAAUAACGUUAAAGGAUAUUCAUUGAGUUAGCAUGUACAGCGAUGUAUACAAUGUUCGCCUGUGGAGAACAAGCAGGUUUUGUUUUUUAUGCCUUCUCCCUCCUGUACUCGCCUCGGCUGCUGGGCUCAGAUGUUGCGCACGAACACAAACCUGCUUUCUUCUCGUUUCGUUGCUGUUGUUGUUCUGUUGGGCCCGAGGUCUUUGCAUUCUCUCCCAGUGUGCUGUGUGUAAAUUUGUGCUACUACGAGUGAGCUUUUGUUUCGUUCACCUGCUCCGCAGAACCUGUUGAAUGCUUCUCAGAGAAGCAAACACAGAAACCAAAAGUAAGAAUUUAAAAAAAAAAAACAAAGGCAGAGAAGGAAAUGAUACACA